UCGCGCGCGCGAAUAGUCCGUCCGAUGGGGUGUUGUCAUAGCGUUCGCGCCUAGUAAAUUCGUCCGGGGGAAGAAAUAAGUGAGCGAACGAGUUCCACACGCCAUCCCUUCGAACAGUUCUCGCGUUAUCAGUCAGUCGCCACCGGAGGAUAGUUUGCAGGGUGAUAGUGUUGGAGGAAACUAUUCGCGAACACGCUGCGAUCAUCAUCCAUAAUAUAACUCAUGCUGUGAGCAGAAGCAACCGGUUCAGUUAUCAUUCGAGGGGUGAAGUCGGUCGGUCGGUCGGUCGGUCGGUUGCUUGGUUGGAGGGUGUCAGGCCCACCUCCCAAUUCUCCUAGCUUGUCGUGAAUGCAUUGAUGCGUGCUCAGUGUAAAUAUUAGGAAGAAAUUGUUUGAUUUUCGCGGGAUAGUUAAAAGGCGAAGCAACGACGUAACGCGGGCCACCCAGAGGAGGGGAGCAGACGAAACAUCGAAAACUGUAAAAUGCUGCAACGGCAGCUGGACGAGCCGACGGUGAGCAACUUAUGGAACUAUCUGGCCUUUGUGGCAUUCGUCGUCGUAUCGGCGCUGAUUCCGAUCCGCAAGCGGCUAUGCAGUCGAAAGGUGAAAACCAAGGAGGACUACGUCUUCGGAGCCGGUCACAUUUCCCGACUGGCGAUGAUGCUAUCGAUUGCACGUGGCACCCUCGGUGUCAUCUCGGUGCUCGGCUAUCCGAGCGAGUUCUUCUACCGGGGGACGGCCAUGUGGGAAACGCUCUACGGCAUGGUGACGGCCUAUCCGAUCGUGUGCUUUGUGUUCAUACCGGUGUAUUUCGAUUUGGGAAUCACGUCGGUUUAUCAGUACCUGGAGCUGAGGUUCAACAGUCGACUGGUGCGAUGUCUUGCCUCGGGAACGUACAUUCUCCGUACUCUGCUCAGCCUGGGUGUCACCAUCUACACGCCGACAGUGGCGCUGAAUACCAUCAUUGGAGUCCCAUACUGGGCUUCGCUCCUCUGUAUCACCUGCAUCAGUAUAUUCUUCAACGCUCUCGGUGGCAUGAAGGCAGCCGUCGCAGCUGACGUCAUUCAGAGUCUUAGUAUGACGGCAAUGUUGGUCGGAAUCGUAAUCUACUGUAGCAUCAAAAGCGGUGGAAUAGAUCAGAUAAUCGCAAUCGGAGCACAGAACGGACGCAUGAACUUCUUCAACUUUGCGGCCGACUUGCACAUCCGAGUGACAACCACCUCAGCUUGGCUUGGCGAACUCUUCAUGUCCCUCAGUCUGCUGGGAUGUCAGCAAAACUUCGUCCAACGAUAUCUGAGCAUGCCGACUCUGUGCAAAAUUCGUCAAACCAUGCUGAUCAAUAUACCUCUUGUCAUCGUUCUCUUCUCGCUUCCCUGGCUAGUGGGAAUGUGCAUCUUCGCGCUGUAUCACAGUUGUGACCCUUUGAAAUCCGGUAGCAUCGAAAAGAUGGAUCAAAUACUGCCCUACUUCAUAAUGGACUACUUUGUCAAAGUCCCCGGAGUUUGGGGUCUCUUCGUUGGAACGCUUUUCAACGGUGCCCUCACCCUGAACAUAUCCAACAUUAACUCCCUCGCGACGGUCACAUGGGAAGACUUCCUCUCACUUCUUCCAGGAUUCCGCAAAAAGUCCGACAGCUACCAGUUGACCGUAAUCAAACUGGUCGGCACCAUCUACGCCAUCCUGAUCCUAGGCGUGGGCUUCCUCGUCGGACUACUAUCCGGAGUCAUUGAAUCGUCAGUCCUGGUACUGUCGGCCACUUCGGGGCCCCUUCUGGGGGUCUUCAUCCUCGCCAUGUUCGUGCCAUUUGCCAACUGGAAAGGAGCCGCCCUCGGGAUGAUGGUGUCCCAUGCUGUGACCGUUUGGAUCGUUACCGGCCGAAUGAUGUACGUCGAAGUGUACGAUUCACUACUGCCAACUUCGAUCGAAGGUUGCGUCAACGAAGGGCAGGUUCUCGCCAACAGUACCUCCUACAUCAUUGUGGAUCAAAUCAGUAGGUUCGGGGCCUCACAAGCCCCCGAAGAUUCGUUCCUCUAUCGGAUCUACUCCGUGUCGUACAUGUACUACGGGGUGUUCGGUACCAUUUUGACAGUAGCCGUGGGUAUAGUGUUCAGUUUAGCCACCUGGAGCAGCGUGGAUGUGUACAACUCGAAGAUGCUGCAUCCGACGGUGCGGUGGCUGCACGAGCGAUCACCCUUCGGGGGCAAGCUAUUCGGGUCGUUCGAUGUGAGCAAAAGUGACAAACUGCCACAGGCCCGGGUAGGGCAGGGUGUCGCGACGGAGAAGAUUUGCGGGAAUAGUUGAUAGUUUAUAGUUGAAUGCUGAUAGAAAGAUGACAAACGUGUAGAUGUAAGCUUGUA